GCCUCCGCCUAUGCCGGCUCCGUGAGGGUAAUUCCUGGUUCCCCCCCCCCCUCUUUGAGGUGUCUGCCAGUUUGCCUGCGUGUUCGCCAUUCUUUCGAAGCAACCACGGUGAAGAAGAAGAAGAAGAAGAGGCAGUUGGAAGCCGAAGCGGGCGACCACAACGGUCCAAGCAAGUGUUUAGUAAUGGCAGCAGAUUCAAUGGAGAUUGAUGAUGCUUUGUAUAGUCGGCAGAGAUAUGUUCUUGGAGAUACAGCAAUGCACAAGAUGGCUCAGUCUCAUGUAUUCCUAAGUGGAAUGGGUGGGCUCGGAGUGGAAAUUGCUAAGAACAUAGUUCUGGCAGGAAUAAAGGCUCUCACUAUCCAUGAUACCAAACAAUGCAAGACAUGGGAUUUAGGAACAAAUUUCUUUGCUUGUGAAGAUGAUGUUCUAAAUGUAAGGAACAGAGCUGAAGCAGCACAGCAUCACAUUGCAGAGCUGAAUCCUUAUGUCCAAGUGAUGUCAUCAACUGAUCCAUUAAAUGAAAUCACUGAUAUUUCUUUUCUGAAACAAUAUCAGUGUGUCAUAUUAACUGAGAUGAAAAUGUCACUGCAGAAGAAGAUUAAUGCUUUUUGCCAUACACAGCAUCCACCUAUUAAGUUUAUAAGUGCAGAUGUGUAUGGAAUAUGGGCACGUCUGUUUUGUGACUUUGGUGACGAAUUUGAAGUCCUUGAUACCACAGGAGAGGAACCAAAAGAAAUCUUCAUUUCAAAUAUAUCUCAGGCGAUUUGUGGUAUUGUCACCUGCCUUGAUAAUAAUCCUCAUAAACUUGAAACUGGACAGUUUGUAACUUUCCGGGAAAUUAAUGGAAUGACAUCUUUAAAUGGAUCCACCCACCAGAUAAGUGUGAUAUCACCUUAUUCCUUCAGCAUUGGGAAUACUGCAGAUAUGGAACCUUAUUUACAUGGUGGUAUAGCUGUCCAAGUAAAGAUACCUAAAGUAUUUCAUUUUGAACCAUUGGAGAAGCAGUUGUGUAAUCCAUCUUAUCUUAUUGCUGACUUCAGCAAACCUGAGGCACCUCUACAGAUUCAUAUUGCUAUGCUUGCUUUAAAUGAAUUCCAGGAGAGUUUUGCUCGUAUGCCAAACAUUGGAUGUAUUCAAGAUGCUGAAGAAAUGGUGAAGAUAGCUCUGUCCUUAAGCAAAACCCUGGAAGGCAAGCAUCAAGUAAAUGAAGACAUUGUGAAAUGGCUAUCAAGGAUGGCACAGGGCUCUUUAGCUCCUCUGACAGCUGCACUUGGUGGCAUUGCUAGUCAGGAAGUCUUAAAAGCAGUGACUGGAAAGUUUUCUCCCCUGCAGCAAUGGCUGUAUAUUGAUGCAUUGGAAUUAGUCACAUUUCCAGAAAAAGCCCAUGAUGAAGAAUUCCUUCCAAGGGGAGACAGAUACGAUGCUCUAAGAGUGUGCAUUGGCGACUCCUUGUGCCAGAAAUUAAAGAAUCUGAAUGUUUUCUUAGUUGGGUGUGGUGCAAUAGGCUGUGAAAUGUUAAAAAAUUUUGCACUCCUUGGUGUUGGUACAGGCCAAGAAAGAGGCAAGGUUGAAAUAACAGAUCCUGACUUAAUAGAAAAGUCCAACUUGAAUAGGCAGUUUCUUUUCCGGCCUCAUCACAUACAGAAACCAAAGAGUUGUACUGCAGCUGCCGCAACACGUAGCAUCAAUCCUGAGAUAAAGAUAGACUCAUACCUUAACAAAGUGUGCCCAGCUACUGAGAACAUAUACAAUGAUGAUUUCUACACUAAGCAAGAUGUAAUUGUAACUGCAUUAGACAAUGUGGAAGCUAGGAGGUAUAUUGACAGUCGUUGCCUAGCAAGCUUACGUCCUCUCUUAGAUUCUGGAACAAUGGGAACCAAAGGGCAUACAGAAGUCAUUGUGCCCCAUCUAACAGAAUCUUAUAAUAGUCAUGUAAGUGGCCAUAAAAAUGAUUUCCUUUACAUUGGAGAAGAUAAUUCGUAUUUGACCUCUUUUGAAAUAUAUAAACUUUUCAUCCUUGUUAAAGCUCUUCAGUUACUGCAUUCAUUUCCUAUUGAUACACGAUUAAAAGAUGGCAGUUUGUUUUGGCAAUCACCCAAAAGGCCACCUUUUCCAAUUCAGUUUGAUUUUAAUGACCCUUUGCAUUACAGUUUCAUACUGAGUACAGCAAAACUGUUUGCAACAAUUUAUUGUAUCUCUUUUACAGAAAAGGAUAUAGCACAAGACACUAUUUUCAAGAUAAUUUCUGGGUUAAAGAUUCAGGAGUUUCGACCUUCUAACAAAGUUGUACAAACAGAUGAAGCAGUACGGAAACCAGAUCCUAUUCCUGUAAGCAGUGAGGAUGAAAGAAAUGCUCUUCUUCAAUUGGAGAGUGCAAUCUUGGCCAACAAAGCUACAAAAAGUGAUUUACAGAUGAAGGAACUUAACUUUGAAAAAGAUGACGACAGUAAUGGCCACGUAGAUUUUAUUACAGCAGCUUCCAAUUUGCGUGCAAAAAUGUAUAACAUUGAACCCGCAGAUAGAUUGAAAACAAAACGUAUCGCUGGAAAAAUUAUCCCUGCGAUUGCAACUUCUACAGCAGCUGUAUCUGGCUUGGUGGCUUUGGAAUUGAUCAAAGUAGUGGGUGCCUGUCCAUUUCAAGCAUAUAAGAACUGUUUUUUCAACUUGGCCAUUCCAAUAAUUGUCUUUACAGAAACAGCUGCAGUUAGAAAAACAGAAAUAAGAAAUGGAAUAUCUUUCACAAUCUGGGAUAGAUGGACUAUUCAUGGGAAAGAUGAUUUCACAUUGUUGGACUUCAUAAAUACUGUCAAAGAAAAAUACGGAAUUGAACCAAUCAUGGUUGUCCAGGGAGUCAAAAUGUUGUAUGUACCUGUAAUGCCUGGCCACGUUAAACGAUUAAAGCUGACGAUGCAAAAACUUGUGAAGCCAGUGGUGAAUAAGAAAUAUGUGGACCUCACAGUGUCAUUUGCUCCUGAAAUAGAUGGUGAAGAAGACUUGCCAGGACCACCAGUUAGAUAUUAUUUUGCUCAUGAAAAUAACUGAGAUAGGUCUAUUGUUUACAACUUAGUAGGUCAUAUGAAUUGAGCAUGGCACCAUCUCCUUUUUAUAAAUGGUACUAUAUACAAAGCCUUAAUCCAGAAUUGAACAGUGGAAGAUGGUGAGCUCUUCUGAGAAGUCCUACAGAAAAAUAACUUGUAACAUUAUAAGGAAAUUUGAAGCUUGCUGGAAAAUAUUGCUGUUUUUGGCGGAAAAAAUAAAUGUUAUUACUAUCUGCAAAAGAUCUGAAAGGCAACUAAAAAUCUGCACUGAAAACAGGAGCUGAGCAUUAUGUGAAGUGGCAAUCAAGACUGGAGAAACUGCACCAUGUUCCAAAUGAUGAUUUUAUUUUCCUGCUGUUUUUCGCCACUGCAUCAUAAUACUGAACCCAUCUAUCCUAUAAUGUUCCAUUGCAUAUUGAUCCUGUUUUCGUUGUAUAAAAUACAAUUUUUGUAUAAAAUAGGAUAAGUGAUAGAUAAGAAAAACUAAAGUGGUAAUGUUGGUUUAUACUUACACCAGAAGUAGAACAUCCAAAGCAACAUUAUGUGAAAAAUUGCAGAUAUUUGUAUUUAUUUCCUAAAUAUUUGAUUUUCAUAGGUCCUUUACAUAUUGUUGUAAAGAACUGUGUAUAAAGAAGACUUAUUUGAUCCUAAUUGAAAAAAUAAUUAAUGCUUUUAAUGGAAAUAUAUUAUAUUUAAAAGAACUUUGAAAUUUGAAUUUAACUGACAGUCACAUUAUCCAUUACUGGGGCACUUGUUUUAAACCUCACCCAGUCCUAAAGAAAGAAAGUGGGGUUCAAUCUUUCAUAAUAAUAAUAGGAACAUAUAGACACAUACCGCCUAUUCAUUGAUUUCUUUCCUACAGACUCUAACAUUUAGUGUAUUAUUAUUAUUGAACUGCUGAACUUGGUUAGGAAAAAACACUUAACAGGAUAAUUGAUAGAAAAGUAAGCUUUAGUACACACACACAAAAAAGUAAGCCUUGCUAAACCAUUUUUUUGUGAUUGGACCCACAAGCAGCAACACUGUUAUAUAAUUACGAGUGAUUCAGAUUUAAUACAUCCAGUUGUUGAACUGUUUUAUUGCAUUCUCUGGCCGAGGAGUUUAUUGUUUUUAUGUAAUUCCCCUAGGUUUUAUAUUGUUGCUAUCACUUAACAUGGAACUUACAGUGCUUGAGAUGAAAAUCAAUAGGCUUAAACUUACUAGAAAUGUAAGUGAUUAUCUCCUUUGGCACUAUUUAAUGUGGUGAUUCUGUAUAGUAUUUGGAUAUAAGCAUGUUCCAGCUAUAAUGAAUCUGAUUGCAAACAGUUUAGACAUGUAAAAUUAAACAUUAAGUUUAUUAGCAGAGGACAAGAAAAAUUAAGUUCAGUACUCUGAAACCAAGGUAGCUUCCAGAAUGUGUGUUUCAACUCCUAAAAACCUCUGCAAUAGUCAUAUUAGGUAGGAAAUUCAUGGAAUUGAAAUAUUCACAUCUGGAGAGCACCCAGAGUAAAAAAAAAAUCCAGGUUUAGCUUUGUAUGAAAAAGUAGUGUUACAGAAGCAUAAUGCAUUUUUUCAUGUAUGUAACCUCAAUAAAUUGUUGCCCAUUAUAUAUUGUUCCACCCCUGCUUUUAUUGUCAUUGUGUAAAUUAUGACAGCAAAUUGUUCCUUGUUUCAGUGGACACUUAAUGCAUCAAACGUUAUUCUGUGAGCUGAAUCCAUAGCAAACUUACUCCAACAUUUGGGAGUUAUUCUAAACAUACAAAACUUUUUAAAUUGUAUUUUGCCAAAUAAAUAUUUAAUGUUUUUAGUAUGAAAUAGUUUUGGAGAAAGAAAAUAACGAUGUAUUCAAAAAGGCUUAAAAUUAAGAAGCAGCAAAACAAGAUUUCAUGCAUGAAGUUAUAGUAAGCAAUGUAUUAAACAAAUUAAUUUUGUGUUUUAUUUAACAAUCUGGAUGUGAUUAUGUCUUGUGCUCUCUUUCUAUUUUUCUUUGGGGUUACUAAUCAGCAAUCAGAAAUAGCAACAAGACUGUAUUUGCAUAUGCAAAACUGCAUUUGAUGUCAUACAUCAGCCAGUUUGAAACUGAGAAAUCUUUCCUUGCAAGUCUUUCUUGCAGAUCUUACUUUAUAGAAAAAUACAAAAAAGGGCCAUCGUCAACACAAAAAUCUCCAUACCUGUGGUGCAGCUACUUAAUCUUGAAGAUUAUUUUGCUCACAUAGGUAAUCUCAAAUAGGGCUAUCAAUU